AAGCACGCAGCAACAGAGCCGGUCCAUCUCGAACAGGAGCAAAGCGAGGCAUACGAUUUCCAUGUCUGAGACGGAGUGUGAGGUGAUAAGACAGGAUGGCAGCAAGCUUAAGACUGGAGACAGAGUGGAGUCUGAGGGGCACUUUGCCACUGUGAAAUUUAUCGGACAGGUUCCUCCCACAAAUGGCAUUUGGCUAGGUGUAGAAUGGGAUGAUCCCACCAGAGGAAAACAUGAUGGUUCUUACAAAGGGAAACGUUACUUUCACACAAUGGCACCAACUGCAGGAUCAUUUAUUCGCCCCAAGAAGGCAAACCUGGGAGUUCCAUACAUCAGAGCAGUUACAGAUCGAUAUGGCAAAAUUUCUGGAGAGAAUGCUGGAAUUGACACAGAGCAGCUCUAUGUGCAGGGGCCUGCUAGCCAGCGGACGUUUUUGGAAGUUGUCGGAGCGAAAAGUGUAAAUGAGAAGCAAAGUAAAUUGGAUCGCCUUGAGGAGGCUGUACUUCGUGACAUGUUUGUGUACGGGCCAGGAUUGAUGACCGACAUACACCAACGUACUCCAAACAUCAGAGAAUUAGAUCUGUCCAAGAACUUGCUGUCUUCCUGGGAAGAUGUGGCCCUGUUAUGUUCAUGGCUGCAGAGACUUGAGUGUCUGAACAUUAGCGAAAACAAACUCAGGAUUCCUGCUGAUCCCCAUGAGUUGGCCUCCUCUUUCCCAGUGUUAAAAACCGUCUAUCUGAACCGGAUGGGAUAUGAUUGGUCAGAAAUUUUGCAGUGUACAUUGAUGUUUCCUCAUCUCUCUGACCUGCACGUUUGCUUCAACUCUAUCCGAAAAUCUCACACAUCCGGAACGCAACUUUCACAUCUUCAACUGCUGAACUUAGAAGCUAAUUGUAUAGAAAGCUGGGGAGAAAUCCUAAAUGUUGGCUGUUUGUCACAAUUAGAAACCCUCAUAGUCAAUGGCAAUCAGAUUGAUGGUAUAUAUUUCCUGGAUGUUAGUGAUACACAGAAGACGGAGCUUUUCCAGCUGAAAUCUUUGUCAGUUGCUCGGAAUAAGAUAUCUGAGUGGAGCAGUAUCAAUGAGCUCAACAAACUGAAGUGCUUGACUCAUCUGAAUGCUAAGGAUAACCCCAUCUUUCAGAGUGAUGUGGAGGCUAACACUAGGCAACUGUUGAUUGCUAGAAUAGCCCAUCUUAAGGUCUUCAAUAGGUCACAGAUAACAGAAGAUGAAAGAAGAGGAGCUGAAAUUGAUUAUUUAAAAAAGUUUGGCAAAGUAUGGCUGGAUGCAGGGGGUAACAGAGAGCCUGAGAAAAACUGCCCCAGUGAGGAGUUCUUGUCUGCCCACCCACGUUACAUGGAACUGGUGGAAAGAUUGGGUGCACCAGAAGACUCAGAACUGAAAGAAGAAUCUAAAACCCUGAAAGACAGCCUUAUCAAUGUCGGCAUCGUCAGCUCCCAAAAUGACAAAAUGCUGAAGAAGAAAUUACCAUUGAGCAUGUCUGUCCAGAAACUGAAGACGCUAAUCCAGAGGACUGUUCCACUUCAGAAUGUUGGAGAGACCCCGAAGAAGAUCGUUCUGCUGGGAUUAGGGCUCGAGAUUGAGAUGGACAAUGACCUGAAGGAGAUUUCCUUUUAUUCUAUUGAAAAUAGUGACACUAUAAAGGCGGUCUGGUGAUGCGUGUGGAAGGUUGAGGUAUGCAAAUUUGUACAUGCCAAACCAGAGAUGUUAUAAUGGAGUAAAACUGUAACAUGUACAGUGGUACAACACCAUGCAUUACCAUCAGUAACAGACUCGCAAUGGUACCACAGGAUGUGCAUUUAUAUUAGUGACAGGCUUGCGGUGAGAUGACAGGAUGAUGUCAUGCAUUUCCAUCAGUGACAGACUUACAGUGAGACAACAAAUUGUACAUUUCCAUCAGUGACAGACUUACAGUGAGACGACAGAUUGUACAUUUCCAUCAGUGACAGACUCGCAGUGGUACCUCAGGUUGUGCAUUUCCGUCAGUGACAGACUUACAGUGAGACGACAGAUUGUACAUUUCCAUCAGUGACAGACUUGCGGUGGUACAACAGAUGGAGUAUUUCCGUCAGUGACCGGCUUGCAGUGGUACAACAGAUUGUACAUUUCCAUCAGUGACAGACUCGCAGUGGUACAACAGAUUGAGCAUUUCCAUCGGUGACAGACUCGAAGUGGUCAGUGACAGACUUACAGUGGUACAACAGAUUGAGCAUUUCCAUCGGUGACAGACUCGCAGUGGUACAACAGAUUGAGCAUUUCCAUCGGUGACAGACUCGCAGUGGUACAACAGAUUGAGCAUUUCCAUCAGUGACAGACUCGAAGUGGUCAGUGACAGACUUACAGUGGUACAACAGAUUGAGCAUUUCCAUCGGUGACAGACUCGAAGUGGUCAGUGACAGACUUACACUGGUACAACAGAUUGAGCAUUUCCAUCGGUGACAGACUCGAAGUGGUCAGUGACAGACUCGCAGUGGUACAACAGAUUGAGCAUUUCCAUCGGUGACAGACUCGCAGUGGUCAGCGACAGCGGUGAUUUAUACACCAUUUUGAUCAGAUUUUGCCAUUCAGAAUUAGACAUGAGCUUGUCCGGUUAGGUUUUGCUAAUGAUAGGAUACUGAGUUGCUAUGUAUCCGUUGUUCAUAUUUGGGGUAAAUAUGGUUGUAUAUAUGUACAGACAUGUUCAGUGAAUUUCUACUGAAGUUACAGCGAGUGUCACAAUGAGUAUGCUUUUUGUAGAGUGCAAAUCUGAUCAACUGUCACUGUGAUUCAAACCAUUCUGACCAAUUCCCUGCAAGUACUUCAGUUACCUUGUUCUGGACAAAUAGAAGAGUGUUAUUUGAAUGGGGUUAAAUGCUGGCCAUACUCAAGGUUAUUUAUACCUCCUUACAGAGUGAUUCUUGGUUUCAAUUGGUCAAUACAUGGUCACAUGAUAUUCCGCAACAAUCGUGCGCUCUAGCUGCUUCAGGCAACAAUAGCCAACAAUCACGUGAUGCUCAGAUUUUCACCUGAAGCAAGUCGUCUGUAGCAGGCAGGUGGUCGAAACCGAAUUUCAUACCUUAACAGCCAUUACUGACACCAAAUGAAUAAGAGGAAAUUUUAACUUCUAAACUGAUGUAUACAAUCUUACUGGUACAGAAUUUGUGUCAUGUCAUAUCUCUUUACUGAAUGUAAAAUUGAUGAGUUGUCACUAUGGUUCAAAGUAACCCAAUUAAAUGACAUUGGUAAACAAAAUAUUUCAACCUUUCAGAAAGCUGUUAUUUGAUUAGGAUUUAAUGAAUUUCUCAAGAAUAUUUGACUUGUCAGUUUAAUGGGUAGAGGAAACAAGAGAACAUGGCACAAACCACCAACCUUUAGGUAAGCUGCCAAACGUUCCUGUGUCAUGCAUAGAUUUUCUCCCUUUAUGACACAUCAAAGUGUAAAUCAUUUAUGGAAGGCUAGUGAUCCCCUACAAGAUGAAGAAACAGGAUAAACUUCUGAAAAACAGGACCAAACUUAGAUUUGGUAGCAAGGCUCCGGAAAUACCGUGUCUGUAUGAGACACAUGAAUGUUAAACUCCAACUCAAUACAUGAUGUACUGAAAUCGUGCAUUUGGUCAUUUACAGUAAGUAAUGUGUGCACACACGGCAUCAGCAAUGGAACAUUCCCCUUGUGUCAUGCUUCAUAUGCAGGUAAAACUUCAGGUCAAUACAUGCUGUACUUUUUGAGAUACCAGCCCUAACAUUUUGUUGAACAUUGAUUCUUUUAAACAAUUCAAUGAGUUAGGAAGCCAGUAAUUUACAGUAUUUAAUAUGUACACAUCAAAUCAAUGAUAAUAUAUCCCCCCUCAUGUUACUGUUCUCUGCAUGUGUGCAGAUUAUGAGCUCAAUAUCAGCAGUACUGUUUGAGAUACCGCCGCUAACAUUUUUGCUAAACAUUGCCUUCCGUUAUUGGAGUGAGUGAAUGCUUGGAGUUUAACGUCCUACUCAACAAUUUUUCAGUCAUAUGGCGACGAAGGAAUCCUUAGAAUGCAUGUAACGUGCCUCCUUUUUGCAGGACGGAUUUCCACUGCUCUUUUAUCUAGUGCUGCCUCACUGAGACACCUUACUGAAGGUUAGUAAGCUACCACGCCCGAGCCAUCAUACUGAUACGGGUAAACCAGUUGUUACACUAUCCCCUUCAUGCUGAAUGCCAAACGAGAAAGCUGCAAUUUCCACUUUUAAAGUCUUAGGUGUGACUCAACCCAGGAUUGACCCUGGAUCUACC